UCCCUGAAACCGAAAGUAGGAGAUAGAUUGAGAAUGUUGCUAAGUUCAUCAACAAUAGUGAGUAUAAAUAGAAGCAGUAACAGAAAGAUACUGCACCAACCCAACAGCAACAGCAAUAGCAAUAUCUUCACACUCUUACUUCACAUAUACCCCGUGGCUGUCGCCGUCGCCGUCGCCUCCGCCCUACUCCUCCUUGCCGCCUUCGCCUAUUGCCUCCGCCGACGCAAGACCGUCCGCCGCCACACGCCGGAGCUCCACCCGCUGCUGCUGCCGCCACAAGAGCAACAACAGAAGUUCUGGUCACCGGUGAUUUUAGAAUCUGAAUUUAUACAUGAACCAGAGGAAUCAAAUUCUGCAGAUGAUGUUGGAGUAUCUGAUAAUGAGGCUGAAACAGAGAUUUUACUACAUUUUCUGGUUUCACUCAGAGAAGAAAAGAAGAAACAGGCAGCCAAGUUGGAAGAAGUUCUAAAUUUCUUGAAUGAAGAUAUUAUGGAGGUAGAAAGAAGUUAUCCAUUUGAGACAGAUUUAGCAUUUCCUUUGGCACAAAUGAACAGUACUGAAGUAGGAAGCAACGACCUACAUUUGCAAGAUUCUUCCACUACAGACAUUACUAGGUCCAUUCAAAGGUUAUUUAUUGAUGAAGAAAGAUUUAUGAGUAACAUAAAUCAGCUAGAGAAUGCUUACUUUUCCGCGAGAUUCCAAGUCCUGCCAAAAGAGGCUUCAUCUGUUUCAAGCAAUGGUGAAAAUGUGAUGGAAAAUAGAUGGAGGUUGCCCCAUGUGGAGAAUGUUAAUAAGGAACCUAGAAGAAUUCAGAGUUCUGUUGAUUGUCUAACAUCCUUCUGUGAAGGUUUAUGCAAGUUUGCUCGUUACAGCAACCUUGAAGAGUGUGGCAGAUUAAGAAAUAGUGAUCCGUUUAUUAGUUCUUCCAAUUUGAUAAGUUCUUUAAGCUUUGACCCUGAUGAGGAUUACAUUGCAGCAGCAGGAACGUCUAAGAAAAUCAAGAUUUUUGAUCUCGGUGAUAUUUCAACCAAUUCUAUUGACAUCCAGUACCCAGUAGUUGAGAUGUCAAGUAAAUCAAAGCUUAGUUGUGUGUGCUGGAACAAUUACAUAAGAAAUCAUCUGGCAUCUACUAACUAUGAUGGUGUGGUUCAGAUGUGGGAUGUAAGCACUGGUCAUCCAUUAUCUCAAUACACGGAGCACCAAAAGAGAGCUUGGUCUGUUCAUUUUUCUCCCUCAGAUCCAAAAAUGUUUGCUAGUGGAAGUGAUGAUUGCUCUGUCAAACUGUGGAAUAUCAGCGAGAGAAAUUCUGUGGAAACCAUCAAGAUGCUUGCCAAUAUAUGCUGUGUUCAGUUCUUUGAUUCAUCAACAAAUCUUUUGUUUUUUGGAUCAGCUGAUCACAGGGUUUAUGGUUAUGAUAUUCGUCACACUAGAAUCCCUUGGUGCACAUUAGCUGGUCAUGGCAAAGCUGUUAGCUAUGUAAAAAUUAUAGAUGCUGAAUCAGUUGUCUCUGCUUCCACUGACAACUCUCUGAAGCUUUGGGACCUCAAGAAAACCAGCUCUUCUGGUCUGUCAAAUGAUGCUUGUGUUUUAACCUUUAAUGGUCAUAGAAAUAAAAAGAAUUUCGUGGGAUUAUCUGUUUCGGAUGGAUACAUUGCAUGUGGUUCAGAAUCUAAUGAGGUGUACUGUUAUCACAAAUCACUGCCAGUGCCAAUUGCUACUCAUAAAUUUGAGUCAGUUGAUCCCAUUUCUGCUGAUCAAAAUAGUGGUGAUAAUCAUGGACAAUUUGUUUCAAGUGUAUGCUGGAGAAACAAAUCUAACAUGCUUGUUGCUGCCAACUCAGUUGGAAUUGUGAAACUAUUGCAGAUGGUCUGACAGAAAAGAGAAAAUAUUUGAUUAACACUGAAAUCUGAAAAGAAGUUCAUUUCCUGACUCCAUAAUAUUUUUAGUAAGCAUUUUAUUUGAGACGAACUCUCAGACCAGUUCUUUAUCGGGGAGUAAAGCUUAAAUGAGGUCAAGAUUUGGCAUUGCUUCUGAGGCAAACAUCAAUGUGUCUUUUUUUUCCAUGCUUAGGUAAUCCUUGCAGGAUCCCGUAUUCUACAAUAUGACACAAUAAAAAUAAACUGAACAAGAAAUGUAUAUAGCAUGUACAAAUGUACGCUUUUGAACCGAGGCCUGGUGAAGCAGGAGCAUGUAAAUCUCUUCCAAAUAUCAGUAUCUCACGUGACUAGAGGAUGUACAACAAUUCACAAAUCAACAAGCUGGGGGGACCAGACAGACCUGAAAGUUUGAUUGAACUUGAAACUUGGACAAAUUUGUAUUUUUACAGCAUAACUUCCUGUACAUCAUCCAGGCUCCUGAGACUGCAGUCUGUUAAGCAAGUGAGGGACAUAUUACUAAAGCCGAUCUGGAUGCAGCGCAGAGAUACAUACUAAUUAUCUUAACUUUUCCAAAUCACUUAUAGUUUAUCAGAAAAGUAUAGGAUAUGAUCUAUGCUUUCCAUUUACUUGCAAGUACUAACUGUAGUUGGUAUAAUGGUUCAAAUACUAUUGUUUAGAUUUUAUUUAAGAAAAAUUGUGCAAAAGUUGCAUGUUUAGUCUUAUUGGCUGCCAAGUGCCAACUCUAUCUCUGUCACAGAGCAUUGUUAUGCGAUCUUAGGUAGAACAACUGAAACAUUUUUGCUAUUGUUUUUUAUUUUUCUGUAUGUUUGAAAGAUUUUUCCUGUGCCAUAGUGUUGGAUUUGAUACUCCGGGUUCUAUUUCCCCCAGUUACUAAGGAUAAGGAAAUGUUGGAAUAAAAGUUUUGAUGCAUUAAUGACACUUUUAGCUGCUGUGGCAUGAAUACAAGGAAUCAGUCACAGUACUUUUUGCCGUUCC